GAAAGCCCCGUAUAGUCUUGACCUAAAACCUAAAAUCGGGUUGUGGCGAGUAUGGCGAGCUUCAGAGCGAACAGUGAUAUCCAGAUGGAUAAAGAAGACCAACGGAAACUGAAUAUGUUUGCUAGAAAAACGACGUUUCUGAAUGAACUGAAGGACGACUUGGAAUCGAAAAAGAAAGAAGUCCAGAAUCUACAAGACGCAGAGUCAGAUCUAGAGGUUCAGUUACUAGAAGAUGAAUCACCAAUUCCUUAUCAUGUAGGAGAGUCAUUCAUAGAUGUGAGCAUGGAGACAGCACAGGCAAUGAUCACUUACCAAAAGGAGGCAGCCGAAAAGCAAGUCGAGCAUUUGGAAGAAACAAUCAAUAAAACACAGAAACUUCUCACUGAGUUAAAAACCCAACUGUAUUCUAAACUUGGUAGUGCAAUCAACCUAGAGUCGGAUGACUAG